AUGCUGCGCAUGACUGAACCUGAGACUAUCGCGAUUGAUAAAGAGUUACAGCUGGACUGGGACCUGUAUCGUGAUGUUCCUGAUGCCAUUGUGCAAGAGGAAGGGCUCCUGCUCGACUAUUUCCGAAAACUCAAGUUCAUCUAUCUGGAGCAGGAGACCAAACUACGCUUUCUCGCAGACUUGCAAGACGACCCAGAGACUGGGCUAGAGCCGCAAAUUUUAUCCACGGCCGAUGUAGCGCAUCGUGAACAGGAGUGCAAGCGUGUAAAGCAGCAGCUUGUUGAGGCCAAAACACGCGUGCGGCACCUACGUACAGCAAUUGACUCGAUUGCACAUGCAAUGGAAGAACCGUGCGAUGCAUUGGAUGCAGAAGUGGCCCAAGCUGCCAGACUGCUGACAGAUAUCACGGACAUGGAACUCGAGCUGGCAAAAACAAAGGCAGCAGAACGCACGCAUGGGGCUAUGACAACCACGGAGGCCGAGGCAGUGUGUGAUGACCAGAUUCUCGCGAUGCAGGCCAUCGACGACGAGACUACACGCACGAUGCAAGAUGUCGAGGCAGCAAGGAAAGAGCUUGCCGAAUCUGUUCGCACGCUUGAUCGACUCAAGGCCGAGCGAGCAGCAGCGGAAAAGCUUGCGAACGAUGCAAGGCUAGGUAUGGGCCGCGAUCGUGGGCGCGACUGGGAACUCGAGCGCCUAUGUGCAAAGCAUACGUCUACCCUCGAGUCUCUUGAGCAUGCACUAGGGAUUGUGCAGAUGACAGCACCCAAUGCGAACGAACUACAUAUUAUCAUCGCACGGCCCACAGCUAAGCGCGCACGGCGAAGGUCCACCCGCAAGUCUACCGCUGCAGAAGAAGAGGGCGAGCACCGAACCCUUGUACUGCGCUUUCAAGAGCCUGGCGGACCACUUGCAAGCAUGGAACUGUGGGAUGCCGACAGCACGACGCCCGUUGCCAUGGACCAGGAACUCGUGCAAUUAACGAAACAAGCUAUUCAUACGAACCACGCGGCAGCAAUAGUUCAAGCUGUCUGGCGCUCUUACACGUAG